AUGAGUUCUCAACAUCUUAUUCCUCCUUUGAAUUAUGGUAUGAUAGAAGAAGAUCUUUACAGAUCGGGUCAACCAAAUGAACUGAAUUUCCCUUUUUUGGAGAAGCUUGGAUUAAAAACAGUUGUAUGGUUAGCACCUGAAGAUCCUAAUCAAAGGUUUUUGAAUUUUAUUGAUGAUCAAGAGAUCGUAUUGCAUCACCUUGGAGGGAUCUCUUCAGUUAAUGCUUUGGAUCCAAUUACCGAAGAAGUAGUUCUAGAAGCUUUAGAAAAUAUAUUAAAUCCUCGAAAUUAUCCAAUGAUUGUUAUGUGCAAUCUUGGGAGACAUAGAACAGGUACAAUUGUGGGAUGUUUGCGUAAGUUACAAAAAUGGAAUUUAACUUCAAUUUUUGAAGAAUAUCGUCGAUAUGCAGGUCCUAAAGUUAGAGUCUUAAAUGAACAAUUUAUUGAAUUAUUCGAUACUGAUUUGGUCGGAGUUCCGGACUAUUUAAAAAUAAAUGAGUAA